AUGUAUGAUGCCCCGACAGCGUUCAAAAGAUGUGAAGAAUAUCUGAUCGAGAAGUCUCAAAAGUCAUUGCAGACGAAAUUGCUGAUGUCGAUUCGCAAUAAGAUGAGAAAGUUACAGAAUUUCUGUCUCGUUAACAUCAAAACGAAGGAGGAUAUUCGAUCAGUGUUGCCAGGAAGUCUCAACGAAUUGGGUGAAUCGGUCUCGUCUUAUCUUCUUCAUUUACUCGCUUCACUUGAAUCACACCCACCCCGCCCACUAAAGCGAAAGAGCAGCUAG